AUGUCUGAGGCUGGUUUCCAGGAGGCUCCUGCCGAGGGCUUUGCCCACGGCACCGCCACUUCCGGUGUUGUUACUAACCCUGAAGAUCUCGCUGCCGCUCGCGCUCACGGCUGGAUGGAGGAUGAGAAGCUAGACUAUGACACUUUCAACGCUCCUACUUCCGAGAUCAAUCCUACUUGGGCCAGUUCUGCCAAGGUCUAUGAAUGGGAGGGUGAUGAAGGUGACGUUGGUCCCCCCGAUGCUGAGCUCGAGGAGCAGCUGUUCCGCGGCGAUGACCACACCAAGGCUGGAUCUUCGCUUGAGGACAUGAUGGACUUCGAGGCCAAGGUCGAAGGACCCAAGCAUUUCGCUCCGAUUACUCAGUUCGAAGAUGCUGGUCUUCAUCCUCAGGUCCUGGCCAAUGUCAAGAUGUGUAACUACGAAAGCACCACGGCCAUUCAGGCCUACUGCAUCCCUAUCAUCCAGGCCGGUCACGACCUCGUCGCCGUCGCCCAGACUGGAUCUGGCAAGACUGCUGCUUAUCUCAUCCCCAUCAUCUCCAAGCUAAUGGGCAAGGUACGCAAGCUCCAAGGUCCUCGUCCCGCCAACAACAACGGUAGACCUGUCCGUGCCGAGCCUCUGGUUGUCAUCGUCGUGCCUACCCGUGAGUUGGCUCAGCAGAUCUUCGAUGAAGCCCGCCGCCUAUGCUACCGCUCGAUGCUCCGCCCAGUUUGCUCUUACGGUGGCAUCCCUAUUGGCGUCAACCUUCAGGAGCUCGGCAAGGGCUGCGAUCUGUUGAUCGGUACUCCUGGCCGUCUUCAGGAUCUGAUGAACAAGCCUGAUGUUCUCACCAUGAGACGUGUCAAGUUCACUGUUAUUGACGAAGCCGACGAAAUGCUCAGCGGUGACUGGGAUGAUGAAAUGGCUAAGCUUAUGGGAGGCGGUGAUGCCAACGAAGAUCCCGAUCACGCCUAUCUCAUGUUCUCUGCUACCUUCCCCAAGGAGGCUCGCAAGGUUGCUCGUGACUACAUGGCUGAGGACUUCGUCCGCGUCCGUAUCGGCCGUGCUGGCUCGACCCACAGAAACGUCACUCAGGAUAUUAUCUUCGUCGAGCGCAACCAGAAGAAGCAGGCCCUUUACGACCUUCUCAUGUCGAGACCUGCUUGCCGCACCCUUGUCUUCUGCAACAGCAAGCCUGCUGUUGAGGAACUUGAUGACUACCUUUACAACCGCCAGAUUCCUACUAUCUUUCUGCACGGCGACCGGUCACAGCUCGAGCGCCAAGACGCCAUGCGUCGUUUCAAGGGCAAGCAGCCUCUCGUGCUGAUUGCCACUAACAUCUUCGGUCGUGGCAUUGACGUUCCUCAGGUCAACCACGUUGUCUGCUACGAUCUUCCUGGCGUCGAGUACGGCGGCAUCUCUGAGUACAUCCAUCGUAUUGGACGCACCGGUCGCAUCGGCCACAAGGGUCACGCUACCUCAUUCUACAACGAGAAGAACGAGGAUCUGGCUCCGUUCCUGGUCAACAUCCUUCUCGAGACUGGCCAGACUGUUCCCGACUUCCUCGAGACCUUCAAGCCUGAGGCUGGCGUUGCUGAGUUCGAGGGUGAUUUGACUGAUGAUGAAGUUGAGGCUGAGCCAGGCUACAUGACUGCCCCUGGCGCCAACCCCUUCGCUGAGCCUCCUACCACCGACGAUGCUUGGGGUGCCACUGGAGCUGCCCCUGCUGCCACCACCGCUGAGGCUGACACCACUUGGGGUGCUUCUACUGCUACUGUCUCUUGGUAG